AUGUUUGCAAAGUUUAUGUUUUAUUUAAAACCUUCUAAUAAAUAUGUAUCCAAUUAUAAAUACUUGUUCCAACAUAUUAUUAAACAAAAUUAUGAGUCUAACAUAUUUAAAAAAAGUAUAAGGAGGAUGCUCCUUUUUUUUUAUAAGGAAGUUCAUCCAGAUUUAACUCAGGAUUUACCAGACGAAUUAAAAAAAAUAAAUAGUGAAUCAUUAAGUAUUUUAAACUCCUAUAUAGACAUAUUAAGCUCAUCAAAUAAAACUGAAAAUAAUAUAUUUGUAGAAAAAAAGCUAGUAUUUUUUAAAUUAUUUGAAAAUUCUGAACAUAAAAUAAUAAAGGGAAGAUAUAAAAAUAUCGAAAUAAAUUUACAGACUAUAAAUAAUAAUUUGUCAGAAGAAGAUAAGGAGCAUAUUAUAGCCAAAUUAAUAUAUGAUAUUAAAAAAUCGCUAGAAAAAAUACAAUCGAAAAAUAUAUUUAAUAAUAAUGAUAAUAUGGAAGAUAUUGAAAAUAUUAUUGAUGACACAUCAUCUUAUUUUCAUCAUAAAAAAAAAAAUGAAAAAGACGAUACUAUAAAGUCUAUAUGGGACGAUCUAAUGGAUCAUGUAAAAAAUAAAGAAGCCCUUUAUCAUCCAUCUGAAGAAGAAACAAAAUAUAUACAAGAAAAAAAAAAUUAUUUUUAUUACAUAAAAAAAAAAUUAGAAUAUAAAUAUCAAAAAAUAAAUCACAGAAAACGACGGAAAGAAAAAUUGCAAAACGUUAAUAAAAUUGCUAAUAAAAUAGUUCAAGACAAAUUUGCAGAUAUUGAAAAAAAAAAAAAAAAUUUUAAGACAAAUGAUGAGCAAUUAAUUCUUAAUCAAAGUUAUAAAAUUACCCAAAUGGGAUAUGAUCCAAAUCUAAUUUUUUUUAAUAAGGAUAUUAAUAAUGACAAAAAAAAACAAGCUAUAGAAAAUAUUUGUGGAAUUAAUUUAAACGAUGAUGCUGAUAAAUGGUUAUUAGAAAAUUGUUUAAAACUUUUAAAAAAUCACAAAAUACAAAUACCUAUAGUUUUUUACAAUGGGAAAGAAAUUUCAGUGUCCCAAACGUUUGGAUACAUUUAUCUUCCUGUAGAUUUUUGCUUAAAUCAAUUUUUUACAUUUCUAGAAAAUAAUCUUUAUCAAGCACGAACUAUUCGUGGAAAGGUAUUAAAGUGCUUUGAUAUGUGA